CUAUGGGAGAGGAUCUUGUUGGAGCAUAGGUGGAAGGGCAGUUUUGCAGUGCACGUUUUUAUGCCUUUUGAAUUUGAGUCAUGUUAACGUAUUAUAUACUCAAAAUACAUAAGAGAUUUCACUAUUUAACAUUUCGUACUUACAGGAAAGUACAGGAAAUAACAUUCCUAUCAGAUCCUAAUGUUCUGUUUUACACUUUUUUUUAAAACAAAUAAAACAUUUCCCCUUUCCUUCCUAGAGCUAAUCAUAACCCUGAGUUUGGCAUUUCUCAUUCUAAUAAAUUUGUUUAAGUUGUUUUAUACCAUUAUAUCUAUCUGUAGGCAAUAUUGGAUAGUAAUUUGUGCCUUCCAGCUUUUUAUAAAUUUGCAAACUAUUUUGUAAUUUGUUGUUUUCUGUCUCAAUGGCUCUGAGAUUUUCCAGCUUUGGUGGCUAUUCCCUAAGUUCUCGUUUGCUCAUUUUAACUGUUUCCUAAGGUUCUGUUGAAUUCCUGAGCCUAACACCUGUUCUCCUGAGAUGAAUGUUUUGGUGAUGGUUAGUUCUUGGCUUCAUAUGCUCAGUUUUGUUUUGUUUUCUUUUUCUUUUUUUGAGACAGGGUCUUGCUACAUGGCUCAGGCUGGACUUGAACUCGAGAUCCUCCUGCCUCAAGCUCCUGAGUACUGGGAUUACAGGUGUUCAACACCAUGCCUGGAUAUACAUGUGAUCUUGAAUGUUGUAUCCCAGGCUGUGCUCCUUCCUAUCAGGAAACUGUUUUUUUGUCUUCAUGCCCCAUUCAGCACCUAGCUGAGUUCCUUUCAUUAUGCUUGAUAAAUGUGCUUUGCCUGACCAAGGAAGUUGUCUUCCUGUCUUACUGUACUUGUUCUUGUGGUGGGUGUUUAAGGUGUAGCUAUCAUCCAUUCCUUCCUAAGAGGGCAGAUGGGCUGCUGUGAUCUCAUCACACAAUGAGGUGGCUCAUUGUUGAGACCAUCAGUUCUCACAGUCACUCUCAGAAUGAGACCAUCCUGACUACAUGGUUAGUUGUGGUAAUGAGCCAACUGAGGUUUAGAGAUAGGAGAUAAGUGCCUAGAGUCUGUGAUUAGCAAAUGUGGCCAUAGGAACUUUGAGAUGCUUGUAAGACAAAGUCCUGAAGAGACCUAACUCUCCUUGCGGUGGAUAGAUAAGACAGGUUCCAGGGUAUGUUUAUUGUAUUCACAACAAAGUGGUAGAGGUGGAAGUGAUUGAGCUCAACCAUGACCAAUACAGGGUCAUGAGAGGUAAGACAGGCCUAGGAGGAAGACUGAAAGUGUUGAGAGGAUGAUGGCUGUCCCUUUUGGGCUAAGGACCAGUGAGUGACAGGGCAAAUGAAGGAAGGCUUGAAGGAGGUUUUGAAUGAGGUUACAGGGAGCCAGUGCCUGGGAAGUCAGGUAGCAUACUCACAGGGGUGUUUUGGGACCUCCGUGCAGCCGGGACAGUAGAGGCCUGGGAGGAUGAGGCAAGAAUUAAGGAAACCAGUUGGAGCAAGGGGAUGUGUCUGUCUGAGAUAGGGGAGAGGAGGAGUCAGAAUCAGAGGGUCUGAUAGUACACAGGCUUACAAAAGAAAAGAGAUUGUUGAGACCAUGAGAUUUCACUUGUAGCUGUACCACUGACAAAAAAAAGCCACUAGGAGCUGGGAGCAUGGCUUAAGUGGUAGAGUACCUACCUAGCUAACUGGAGGCCCUGAGUUCAGGGUUCUGAGGCCUAAAUAAAUAAAUUAAUUAAAGAUAAUUGAGUCAUCUUAAAAAAAUAGAUCAAUUGAGAAGGCUCCUAUUUGGAUUAUGCACUGAGCUGGAGGUACACUGUGUGAGAGAAAAAGAAGAGGUCGAGAUGGGGGAUUCACCUUAGGGCAGAGUUUCCAGGCAGGAGAGACUCCUAAGCUAGAGGUGGUAAAUGGGGGUUACAUCUUGGCUCCAGCCAUCUCUAGGGCUUUGGUGAAAAGACAAAUCAAUCCAGUAUGUGAGAAAAAGUGGGUGGGUGGGCAGAAGACCCAAGUCCGGAAGGCAGACUGAGGAAGAGAAUGGAGCAUGUCUGAUGGGAGGCAGUAGAGGAUCCAAAGCACACAGGCCCAGAUGGGGGUGGGAAUGGGGAGAUGUGUGCCUUCAGGAAUGAGGAGGGAGACUCCUUCUUUUUGAACAGUUUUAUAUUAGCAUGAAAAAUUUUUGCUUUUAAAGAUGCAGAAGGGAAUUGGAGAGGGGAAAGUAGGGCAAUAUGAAGUGAGAAGACAGAUGUUCAUGGCCUUGUAAUUGGCUAUUUUAUGGCCAAGAGACCAUGCAACUCAGCCACAGGUCACAUCUCAUUGAAUAGGCUGGCCACUCCCUGACCCAAAGCUGUUCACAGUUGCUUCAGAUUUGUUCGUUGUAGGUGAAUGGCACAAGUGUAUUUGCAGUAGGUUUGUUUUCCUGGUUAGGUUUCUAAGGCUCCUGUUCAAAUCAGUUGCAGUUUUUGAGUAUGCUGACUCAGUUAUUAGAAAGUAAAAUGCGCAGUACUAGGGUUUGAACUCAGGACCUUAUGCUUGCUAGGCACACACUGUACCACUUGAGCCACUCUGCCAGCUCAGAAAGUAAUCUUGAAUUUAAAAAAUGUAGUGUUGAUCUCUUUAUUUGUUGUUCUGGGGAUCAAACCCAGGGUCUUAUGCUUGUUAGGCACUCAACCACUGAGCUGCGUUCCCAUCCCUAUAUGAUCUCAAAUCCAUCAGUUCAAGUUUCUGUGGUUGACUCAUAGACUCUUAGUAAAAGAAGGCACUUACUGGAAAUGCUAGUCUGCCCUCUUCUCCCAUGGGAGAGUUCCAACACUGGGUUUCCUGACCACUUUGGCAUUUUAUGUAUCUAGUCCUGUAAGGGGGAUCCCAAUUUGUUGUUUUUCACUGGGAAAGAGGAAGAGGUUUUUUGGUUUUGGUUUUUCUUUGGGUGCUAAGGAUUGAACCCAGGACCUCACACAAGCUAGGUAAAUACUGUACUGUUGAACUACAUCCCCAACCCUAUUUAGUUUUGUUUUGAGGCAGAGUCUUUCACUAAAUUACUCAGGCUGACCUCGAGCUUGCAAUCCUCCUGCCUCAGCCUCCUAAGUAGCUGGGAUUAGAGGCAAGUGCCACCACACCCAACUUCUAUAUUACUGCAGUGCUGAAGGAGACAAAGUGGGAUGAAGAACCUUGGAAUGAAGGAACACAGGUUUUUAGGAAUAAGGUCAAGUGGGACUAGAACUGGGAGGUGACAGGGAACUAGAGGGUUUGGGAUCAUAAAGAAUGGGCAGGUGAGCUAGAGGGAGGCACAGCAGCAGGGUAAGGAGCAGGGGUUGUGGUGACCAGUAUGUGUGGCAAGGGGGUGCUGCCUGCUUGCUCAUUCCCUUUCCCCUGUCUUGCCAGCUGACAGGCCGCAGUGGUAAGGGUUGGUGUGGCUGUCAGGAUGGCAGAGGAGCAGGAGUUCACCCAACUGUGCAAGUUGCCCACACAGCCCUCUCACCCGCAUUGCGUCAACAACACUUACCGCAGCACGCAGCACUCCCAGGCCCUGCUCCGAGGCCUGCUGGCUCUCCGAGACAGUGGGAUCCUCUUUGAUGUUGUCCUGGUGGUGGAGGGGAGACACAUCGAGGCGCAUCGCAUCCUGCUGGCUGCAUCCUGUGAUUACUUCAGAGGGAUGUUUGCUGGGGGAUUAAAGGAGAUGGAACAGGAAGAGGUCCUAAUCCACGGUGUGUCCUACAAUGCUAUGUGCCAAAUCCUGCACUUCAUAUACACCUCUGAGCUGGAGCUCAGCCUCAGCAACGUGCAGGAAACACUGGUUGCUGCCUGUCAGCUUCAGAUCCCAGAAAUUAUCCAUUUCUGCUGUGAUUUCCUCAUGUCCUGGGUGGAUGAAGAGAACAUCCUCGAUGUCUACCGGCUGGCAGAGCUCUUUGACUUGAGCCGCCUGACUGAGCAGCUGGACACUUAUAUCCUCAAAAACUUUGUGGCUUUCUCCCGGACUGACAAGUACCGCCAGCUUCCCCUAGAGAAGGUCUACUCCCUCCUCAGCAGCAAUCGUCUGGAGGUGUCCUGAACUGAGGUGUAUGAGGGGGCUCUGUUGUACCAUUACACCCUGGAACAGGUGCAGGCUGACCAAAUCUCCCUGCAUGAGCCUCCCAAGCUCCUCGAGACCGUGCGGUUUCCCCUGAUGGAAGCUGAGGUCCUUCAGCGGCUGCAUGACAAGCUGGGACCUAGCCCACUGCGGGACACAGUGGCCAGUGCCCUUAUGUAUCACCGGAAUGAGAGUCUGCAGCCCAGCCUGCAAGGUCCCCAGACGGAGCUACGUUCAGACUUCAAGUGUGUUGUAGGCUUCGGGGGCAUUCACUCUACACCAUCCACUGUCCUCAGUGACCAAGCCAAGUACCUGAACCCCCUGGUAGGAGAGUGGAAGCACUUCACGGCCUCCCUGGCCCCCCGCAUGUCCAACCAGGGCAUCGCGGUGCUCAACAACUUCGUGUACUUGAUCGGAGGGGACAACAAUGUCCAAGGAUUCCGAGCCGAGUCCCGAUGCUGGAGGUACGAUCCGAGGCACAACCGCUGGUUCCAGAUCCAGUCCUUGCAGCAGGAGCAUGCAGAUCUGUGUGUGUGUGUAGUGGGCAGGUACAUCUAUGCCGUGGCAGGCCGAGACUACCAUAAUGACCUGAGUACUGUGGAGCGCUAUGACCCUGCCACCAACUCUUGGGCCUAUGUGGCCCCACUCAAGAGGGAGGUGUAUGCCCACGCAGGCACCACAUUACAAGGGAAGAUGUAUAUUACCUGCGGCCGCAGAGGGGAGGAUUACCUGAAAGAGACGCAUUGCUAUGACCCGGGCAACAAUACCUGGCAUACCCUGGCUGACGGGCCUGUCCGGCGUGCCUGGCAUGGCAUGGCUACCCUCCUCGAUAAGCUGUAUGUGAUCGGGGGCAGCAACAAUGAUGCUGGCUACAGGAGGGACGUGCACCAGGUGGCCUGCUUCAGCUGCACAUCUGGGCAGUGGUCAUCGGUCUGCCCACUUCCAGCUGGGCAUGGCGAGCCCGGCAUUGCCGUGCUGGACAACAGGAUCUAUGUGCUGGGUGGCCGCUCUCAUAACCGUGGCAGCCGCACAGGUUAUGUGCACAUCUACGAUGUGGAGAAGGACUGCUGGGAUGAGGGACCCCAGCUAGAUAACUCCAUCUCAGGCCUGGCAGCCUGUGUGCUCACUCUUCCCCGCUCCUUGCUCAGAGAGCCGCCCCGAGGGACCCCAGACCGCAGCCAGGCUGAUGUGGACUUCGCCUCUGAGGUGAUGAGUGUGUCAGACUGGGAGGAAUUUGACAACUCCAGCGAGGAUUAGGGUUCUUCACCUGGAGUUAGGGAGGGGUUGGCAGCAAGGUCCAUGGGGCUGGGGCCAGAACACCUGGCUCCAGGGUGGGGGGCCCUUCCCCAGGCCCUCAUGGCUCACCCUCUCCUGGUGCCCUUUCUUCAUUCCAGCCCUUGGCCAGCCUGCCACAGGUGUUUGAGGACUGCUACAGACUUUGUGGCUGUGGAUUAUAUUAUGAUGGGAAAUGUUCCCAAAAGGCUAUCAUCCUCUGAAGGAGUGACCAGGCC